GAAAGAGACCUUAGAUACCAUUUAACCAACCUCCUAAUUUCACAGAGGAGGAAACUGAGGCCAAGAAGGGCAGAGUGACUUGACCAAGAUCAUGUAGCUGUUACUAACAGAAUCAAGAUUUAAGCCUCAGCAUUACAAAACCUUACUACAAAGAAUAGUGACUCCUGUCAUUUUACCUAUUUUACCAUGAUAAUGCUUCUCAUUCAAGAAUCUGCAGAUGCUCUGGAAUUGUGGAGGAGUGGUAGCUGUGAAGUGAGUCCAGAAGUGUUGGUGCUUUGGAAGAGGAAAGAGGCUGGCUCCAGGACUCUUCUCUAAUGAGGUGCCGAGCAGGAGUGGAUCACAGCCAGGUAGAGAGAUGGCCACGCACGGUCCCCUUGCUGAGCUGGCAGGAAUGACAUCAAAAGAGAGCUCCAAGUCCUUCCAGGGCUCAAGCGCACCUUUAACUAACUCCACAGGCAAGGAUACCCCUCGGUGGUGGUACAAGAGGAGGAGCCGGCGGCACCAAAGGUUCAUGGUCCACAAAGCCCUUCUAGAGAAGCGAGGGGUGCUAAGUGUACCCCCGGAGUCCGAGAAUCCCCUCCAGGUGACCAGACCUGAGGGCCUGGAGGACACAGAGGCCAGCAAGUAUGGUGUGCAGCAGGAUGCCCUUGGCUCACCUGGCCCCCAGCCCAGAAGAAAGCAGCUUCAGAAGAUGGAGCCCAACAAGGGGACUGCCUCUGGCCAUGCUAUGCCCAACAAGUGUGUGGCUAUUGACUGUGAGAUGGUGGGCACCGGCCCUGGGGGGCGGGUGAGCGAGCUGGCCCGCUGCUCUGUAGUGAGUUACCACGGGGACGUUCUGUAUGACAAAUACAUCCGCCCCGAGACUCCCAUUGUGGAUUACCGCACCCGUUGGAGCGGCAUCACCCGACAGCAUAUGCAGAAUGCCAUCCCCUUCAGGGUGGCCCAGAAAGAGAUCCUUAAGCUGCUGAAGGGCAAGUUGGUGGUGGGCCACGCGCUCCAUAACGACUUCCGGGCCCUCAAGUACUUCCAUCCCCGGAGACAAACUCGGGACACUCUUUCUGUCCCGAGCCUGAUCAACCAGACAGGUUUCCCUGUCCGAGCUCAGUCCUCUUCUCUCAAGAACUUGGCCCUCCAGCUUCUGAACAAAAGAAUCCAGGUUGGCCAGCAUGGGCAUUCAUCUGUGGAAGAUGCCACCACUGCUAUGGAGCUCUACCGACUGGUCGAGGCACAGUGGGAACAAAAGGAGGCCAGCAGCCACCCCUCCAGCCUUGAGGACAACCUUCAGGACAGCGGCACAGACACUGAGCACUACAUGGAAGACCAGUACUGGCUAGAAGAUCAGACUGAAGGCUGUAAAUGAUCUCCAAGGGUGGGAAGAGCAUGAGCUUCUGUGGGUAACCCAGUAAAAAUCGGCCUUGUGA